UUCGGUUUCCAUUAAAUGAUCUUUCCUUGUCAAGCUGUUAAUGUAUCGUUGAUUGCCUGUGCUGAGGUGUAUCCUUAUUGUCUUUCUGCAGUCAUGGCUGGAAUGGUAUCUGAAGGUUCUCAAUUUGAUGCUCGUCAAUAUGAUUCCAAAAUGAAUGAGUUGCUUGGAGCUGAUGGCGAGGAAUUCUUUGCAAGUUAUGAUGAGGUGUAUGAUAGUUUUGAUGCAAUGGGCUUGCAAGAAAAUCUUUUGAGGGGCAUCUACGCUUAUGGUAAAUAAAGUGCUAAAUCUGCUCUAUUCUCACUGUCUUUUCACUUGCUCUGUUCCAAAAAGUAAGAUAAACCCAUUCUUGAUUGCUAGUCAUUCAUUGACUUCACUUCUAUAUCGACUUUGUUUUUCAUUAGCACUGGUUCGCAACUGAUUUUUUCAAAAUCACUUUUUCCAACUCAAUUU